AUGAGGGCCAAGCGUUCAAAGAAGUACCGUAAGCUCAUGCACCAGUAUGAGCUUACGUUCGGAUUCCGCGAGCCAUAUCAAGUACUUGUGGACGCAAAUUUCCUCCAUGCGGUGGAUUCGUUCAAGAUGGACCUGAUUCCAGCACUCGAGAGGACACUCCAAGGCAAAGUCAAGCCAUGUCAGUUUCCUUUCCCCCUCAGCCCCAGAGGUCUUGCGGUGCCAUUCGCAAAAGACAACUCUGGGCGAGACACCCAAACACCGCCAGCUAACACAGUCUCUGUAGUGCUGACCAAGUGUUCGCUUGCCGCUGUCAUGGCCGCGCAGCCCAUCAAUCCCAAGACCAACCAACCGUACCGCCCGCACCACCUCCCCCCACCAACCACACUCCCGCUCCGCCACUGCUCGCACAACGAGGACUCGACGCCCAUCGACGAGCUCGACUGUCUCAUGUCUCUUCUUUCCCCCAACGCAGACGCAAAAAAGAAUAAAGAACAUUAUAUCCUCGCGACGGCGGAUGCACCCGCAGCAAAGAAAAAUGACAAGAACGACGCGCAGCAGCGCAAGCGGAAGCGCGACGACGAACGAAAAGAGGAGCAGGCGCAGCGUCGCGCCCGCGCAUUGCGCCUCAAUGCGCGCUCCAUUCCUGGGGUGCCGAUUGUGUAUGUCAAGCGCUCGGUCAUGGUGCUCGAGCCGAUGAGCAUGCCGUCGGAGACGGUCAGGGAUGGCGUGGAGAGAGGGAAAUUCCGGGCCGGCUUGGAUGCGGAGCCUGCUAUUGGCAAGCGCAAGCGAGACGGCGAGGGUGACGCGGCUGGCGCAACGGAAGCGAAGAAGAAGCGCGGCCCGAAGACAAAAGGACCGAAUCCGUUGAGUAUGAAGAAGCCGAAGAAGCGCGAUGUUGCGCCUGGCUCGGCGUCCACUCUAAAGAAAGAUCGCCCUGUGCCAGAUACGAGUGACACUGGUGCCGCAGAUGCUUCUGUACGGCCCGAAGGCGAUGACUCGGGUGCUACCAAGCCCAAGCGGAAACGCCGUCACCACAAGGGCGGUCCUCAGGAUGGGAAUGAUGAGGCUGCCCCCCUCGAAUGA